CGCCCGCCCGCGCCGCCAGGCCCCCGGGGCCACGGCGGCUGCCGCGACUCCAGGUGCUACACCGAGUGGCACGCAGAGCUACACGGUGAAGAACACUUUCAUCGAUGUACCUUCUGGCCUCACGCCUCACGACAUGAAGGUCGAUAUGAG